AUGUCUUUCAGAGGAGGAAGUCGGGGUAAUGCAUCAUCCGGAAUGGGUGUUGCUGAUCACAGCAAAAACACAUUUAUGGAACUUCAGAGGAAGAAGGUCCACCGAUAUGUGAUCUUCAAAAUCGAUGAGAAGAAGAAGGAAGUUGUGGUCGAGAAAACCGGGGGGCCAGCUGAGAGCUAUGAAGAUUUCACUGCAUCUUUGCCCGAGAAUGACUGUCGAUAUGCUGUUUAUGACUUCGAUUUUGUGACUUCUGAGAAUUGUCAGAAGAGCAAGAUCUUCUUCAUUGCAUGGUCUCCUUCAACUUCUCGAAUCCGUGCCAAGAUGCUCUAUGCCACAUCUAAAGACAGAUUUAGAAGGGAGCUGGAUGGUAUCCACUAUGAGAUUCAGGCUACUGACCCUACAGAGAUGGAUCUUGAAGUGAUUAGAGACCGUGCAAAUUAA